AAAAAAAAAACAUUUUCAGUGGAAUUUUGACGUCGUUUGAUUGUUGGUUCUUUCUUGAUCUUUUUUCAACAACGUUUUUCUCAAUGUAGUGCUUAGUAGUUUUCUAAAAUGUCUCUAAAAUAAGUAGUUUCUUAGGAUAAACCAAUUAAUUCGUAAAUGACGCCCACGAAGACCACAAAAACUGAAGUAGAAAUGGUGAUAAGAAAUAGAAAAACUGUUAUGAAAGACGGGAUAAUGACAAUGUCGGGCAUCGGCGAGCCCUCAGUGUUCCACGCGUUAGUGGUGAUAUUCCUGGAGUUCUUCGCGUGGGGGCUGCUCACCAUGCCCAUCAUCUCGGUGCUGAACGCCACGUUCCCGGACCACACGUUCCUCAUGAACGGGCUGAUCAUGGGCAUCAAGGGCAUCCUGUCGUUCCUGUCGGCGCCGCUGAUCGGCGCGCUGUCCGACGUGUGGGGGCGCAAGUUCUUCCUGCUGGUGACGGUGUUCUUCACGUGCGCGCCCAUCCCGCUCAUGACCAUCAACACCUGGUGGUUCUUCGCCAUGAUCAGCAUCAGCGGCGUCUUCGCGGUCACGUUCUCCAUCGUGUUCGCGUACGUGGCCGAUGUGACGACGGAGGCGGAGCGCUCGCGCGCCUACGGGCUGGUGUCGGCCACCUUCGCCGCCAGCAUGGUGAUCUCGCCCGCGCUGGGCGCCUACCUCAUGGACCGCUACGGCGAGGCGCUGGUGGUGGCGGGCGCCACCGCCGUGGCCGUGCUGGACGUGUUCUUCAUCAUGGUGGCCGUGCCCGAGAGCCUGCCGGAGAAGGUGCGGCCGGCCGGCUGGGGGCCCGCCAUCAGCUGGGAGCAGGCGGACCCGUUCGCCGCGCUGCGCAAGGUGGGCGCGGACCGCACGGUGCUCAUGCUGUGCGUGGCCGUGUUCCUGUCCUACCUGCCCGAGGCGGGGCAGUACUCAUGCAUCUUUGUGUACCUGAAGCUCGUGAUGGGGUUCGGCACAGUGCAAGUGGCCAUCUUCAUCGCCAUCGUGGGCGUGCUGAGCAUCGGCGUGCAGGUGGUGCUGGGCUUCCUCAUGCGCUCGCUGGGCGCCAAGCACACCAUCAUGGUGGGGCUGCUGUUCGAGAUGCUGCAGCUCAUGUGGUACGGGUUCGGCAGCCGCACGUGGAUGAUGUGGGCGGCGGGCGUGCUGGCGGCGCUGGGCUCCAUCACGUACCCGGCCAUCAGCGCCUACGUGUCGGUGAACAGCCGCGCGGACCGGCAGGGCGCCGUGCAGGGCAUGGUGACGGGCGUGCGCGGCCUGUGCAACGGGCUCGGGCCCGCCAUGUUCGGCGUGAUCUUCUACCUGUUCCAUGUGGACCUGAACGAGGAGCACGUGCAGGCGGGCGCGCACGCGCAGGCGCAGUACUCGCGGCUCGUGCCCGGCCCGCCCUUCGUGCUGGGCGCGCUGCUGGUGAUCUGCGCGCUGCUGGUGGCCGCCUUCCUGCCCGAGGAAAGCGCGCCGCUGGGCCGCCGCGCCUCGCCCGCCGACCUGCACUUCGAGGUGGAGCGCGGGCGCCGCGUGGCCGGCCCGCUGUCGCCGCUCAUGGCGCCCGAGUCGGCCGCGCUCUAGCCGCCUGCCCCCGCCCCGGCCGCCCCCGCCGCCGCCGCCGCCGCCCCGCGCCCGCCGCGCGCGCACAGCGUGUGACUCCGGGACAGGUACAACUAACAGUGAAUGAACUGAGUGAUCUCAAUCAGCUGCUUUUCAUGGGCCACAUUCCUCACAUGUUUGCCUUGAUCAGAUAUUUCUUUUAAAAUAAGCUUUAUACCUGUUUUUAUAAUUGACUACUGAGGGUGCAAUCCACGGAGCCGAGCCAUCAUCUGAGCUCCAUGUUCAAACCCUCACUUCAUGUUUAAGUAAGCGAUACGCUGAAACUGUAUGAUAUGUACAAAUUGUAAUAUAAUAAUUGAAUGAAUUUUAAAGCAAUUGAUGUUGCUUGAGUCCCACGCUUAGAGUCAUGGAGACGAGAGUGAGCUGAUCACCGCAUCACACUGAAGUGAGCCGAUCAUCCUGCAUCUUGCAUGAAUUGGGCUUUCUGCACAACUAUCAUGUGAUCCUCGAUGAGACCAUCACUACUUAGUCACCCUUAAUGGUUUCAUGGCAUUUAUUCAUCAAAGAUAAUCAUAAUAAUAUAGUUUUAAAUUAUUGUAUUUAUAUUUCUUGUUAAGGCUUGUUCCACAGUGCCCAAAAUCUAGUUACAUCAAAAAAGCUACUUCUAGCAAAUAUAUAAUUGUAAGUGUUAAAUCAAAUAAGAACCCUUGUUAUUGUGAAACAAGCCCUAGGUCAACGAACUCUAGGUUAACUGGACAGUAUUCCAACCAAAAAGGAAAUUGAGAAAAUUAGACAAUUUACUAAAUAAUGCAGGUCUGUGAUGGAUAGUUUCCCAAAAUGAGAUUUUUGAUAUCUGUGCCAGUGUGCACUGACGAGUGAUGUGCGCUAGCACAGAAAGAAUUUUAGCACUCUACUCAUCCAAAAAAAGCUCUAAAACUUUGAGAAGUAUCCAUCUACAGUCUACACACUUAUAGAAGGUAUUUCUAGAAGCCAUAACUGUGUCAAUUUCCAUAAUUGUGUUUAAUUAACAAUUAAUAGUUUAUUAUUAAAGGUUUUUUGGAUGAG